AUGUGGGAUUCCAGCUAUGGAACUGUUUGGCAGAUACCAGCGAUACUUGAGAAAACAAACCCAACCCAGACUCUACCCAAUACUGGGACCAAUAGACAUCUGUUCUUGAUUAUUUUGUAAUUAUGGAGUUCGAAGAGCAAGAGAACAUACUUCGGGUGAUUUGUUUACGUUGAAUCAAGUGAUUUUGAUCCAUAGGAAUAGGGAAUGGAGCAGCAUGAAAAGUGCUGAUUACAAUAGUUAACGAAGAAGUAAACGUUUCAGGUUGUUUCCAAACACUGUCUUAUGUGGUACACAAUAUUCAAGACUUGAAGCCACCUGGGUUCGAACUCCUUUCUUGAGGUUUCAGGAAGGAAAACAGAAGCUUAUGGUUGAGAGUCCAGAAGAAGCAGAAGAAGCUGUUGAAGAACCAUUUUUUUCCUGAUUACUUCUGAUUAAUAUCGAAAAAGAAAAAGGAUGUCGAGAUUCUGGGCAGGAAUUGUGGGAUUAUUCAGAAAUCGGACUAUGGCGGGAAUGGACAAAGCUGGGAAUCGAUACUUUACUCGAAUGGAAGAAAUUGAUGGUGUCAUGAAAGAGAAACGAUGGGUGGUAUUCAAAGGAGAGCAGGAACCAACUUCAGUUCCAGUCGAAUGGAUAUGUUGGCUGAAUGGACAGCGAAAGAUAGCUCCUACGCCUGAGGAAAUGGCUGAGCUUGAGGCUAGACGGGAACGUGUUAGACUCAAUGUUGCUCUUCUCAAGAAAGAAGAGGAGGAAAGGGGGGCCAAAGGUCUUAGUCAAGAAGCUGCUAAGACUGGUAAAGUUGUAGGGCCAGACUUGAAGAGUUUUAUCCGGCAGCUCCCAGUUACUUCAGAAGGUGAUGGACGUGGGGAAGCACUUGAUGCAUCAGGGAGGGCCUCCAAAGCAACUGAUUCAGAGAAGCAACCACCAUAUGAAGUUAGACAAAAACAAGAAGAUUCUUCCGAGCCUACGGGAACAGGUGAAUCGUUCAGACCAGGGACAUGGCAACCUCCAACAUGACUACGUGAUACUACUAUAUGCUUUACCAUCGAGUGAUGGGUGGUCAUUUUGUGAUUUUUGCUCCUCAAAGAUCGUCUUUUUCAAUUAUUUCCAAGGGGGUUUUAACGCCAAAAUUUUGACCCUUACAAUUACAUGGACAAUGACAUGGAUUUUCUGAGCUCUCUAGUUAACUGGGAGGCUGAAUAUGUAUUUGCCCUUUUACAGUAGGGUAAAUCAUUUGUUACAGUAGCGAUGAAUCAUCUC